AUGACACCCAACAAGGCGCCGCGAUCGAUAGCCCGCACCUUUGCGACUCUCCGCAACACAGCUCUCCGCCCAUCAAACCACGCCCGGAUAUCACGGACAUGGCGGCAAGCCCGCAGCAAUCCCAGACGCCUACACAGCACUCAAAAUACCCCUGCCGCCAAACCCCAGAGCAUGUCCGAACGCAUGAAAGAGAUGUCUCGAAAAUACGGUUGGACGGUCAUGGGGAUAUAUUUAGGGCUAUCGGUGCUCGAUUUCCCAUUCUGCUUCUUGGCAGUGAGAUGGUUCGGGACGGAAAGAAUAGCGGAGGUGGAACAUGCGAUUAUCGAUGGAUUCUGGGCAGGGUUAGAGAAGGUGUUGCCGAGUUUGAAGAGCAGAAGAGAGGAGAAGGAGAAGUUGGAAGCUGCUGCCAAUGAAGCUACGCGGGAGGGAGAUGGGAAUGGUGCGGGUGUUGUGGAGAUUCAGAAGGGUGGGCAUGAAGAGCCGAGUAAGUAUAUUGUCCGACAUGAUGGGAUGAGAAACUGCUCGCUAACGAUGAUGGACAGGCAUUUGGACACAGCUCAUCCUUGCGUAUGGCGUGCAUAAGUCGCUCUUCUUCUUCCGGAUCCCUAUCACAUUAGCUAUCACCCCGAAGGUGGUGAAGACGUUGAGGAGUUGGGGCUGGAAGAUUGGAAAAGCGAAGCCGAC